CUUUCUUUCUCAAGCAUUUAUAAAUUUUAGAGCCAACAGCCCCUCUUGGCUUUUACGAGGAACGCCCCCAAGAAGUUAGCUCUGCAUUCUUCGUCUUCUACGAGACAAACCCGAGAAGGCACAGACAAAAUACUUACACGGUGGGAAAAGGAAACAUCAAUAAAAAGAGAAGAAAGGAGAAGAUCAAAAAAGUGAGUUUAUCUUUUCAUUUCACUCUCAAAUUUCCUUCUCCGAGACUCUCACAUCUCCAUUUCCUUUUUGUCUACUUCUUGUAACUUUGCGUUUCAGCAAUGAGAACAGAGAUGAGAAAAAUCUCCAAGUCUUCGUGGCCUAAAGUAAUCGCGAGAAAAUGGCUGAAUAUACCGAGUGGAGCAGACGAGUUUCACUCCGAUUACGCAAUAAACGGCCAAAUUGAUGAAAGAAGAAAGAGUUGUUCUGACGACGAAUAUUACAUGAUCGUACCGGAAGAUUUCUCAGAAGGAUGGUUGAAGGAAGCUGCCGGAGGGAUUAAACCGUCGAAAAUCAUGCCGGAGGCAGCACCAGUCACCGACUCGCACAACCUCAGGAUGUUUGUAGGGACAUGGAAUGUCGGAGGGAAGUCACCCCACGAGGGUUUGAACCUGAGAGAUUGGCUAAGAUCACCAGCUCCUGCUGACAUCUACGUUCUUGGGUUCCAGGAAAUUGUUCCUCUAAAUGCGGGCAACGUGCUUGGAGCAGAGGACAAUGGACCAGCUGCCAAGUGGCUUUCCCUUAUUCGUCAAGCUUUGAAUAGCAACAGAAGUGACCAAGAACUUGCUCAGUAUUACAGCAAUUCCACUGAAGCAAGGAGUCCAUCCUCACCGCAGCUUGAGCUGCAAGCAGGCCUCAAGCCUAGGAUCAGCUUCUCUGACUUGCUCUCAAUAGAAGAUGAAUUUGGGAAAGAGGAUUUUGAAAGAUUGCUAUACUUGAAUUCGAGUUCAAGCGAAGAAGGCUCCCCUAGCCCCACUUGUAUGUCUGGUAGUCCAAAUCAGCAACGCUUCUGCCUAGCUGCAAGCAAGCAGAUGGUAGGGCUUUUUUUGUGCGUGUGGGUUCGAGCUGAUCUUUACAAGCAUAUAAGCAGCCUGAAAGUCUCAUGUGUUGGCCGUGGGAUCAUGGGAUAUCUUGGAAACAAGGGUUCAAUAUCCAUUAGUAUGACAUUGUACCAAACAACAUUUUGCUUUGUUUGUACCCACUUGACUUCUGGGGAGAAAGAAGGGGAUGAGAUCAGAAGAAAUUCUGAUGUUGCAGAAAUAUUAAGGAGAACAAGGUUUUCGCAAUCAUUUAGAGAUCUAUUAAAGAGAACAAGGUUUUCUAAUUCAUAUAGGGAUCUUAGACAGCCACUUCCUCCAGAGAGCAUUUUAGACCAUGACAAAAUUAUAUGGUUAGGCGAUUUGAACUAUCGGCUUGCUGCGGGUUCUGGUGAUACACAUGCAUUACUCAAGAAGAAUGACUGGCAAGCACUUCUAGAGAAGGAUCAGCUAAGGAUAGAACAAAGGGCUGGACGGGUGUUUAAAGGAUGGGAAGAAGGGAGGAUAUACUUUGCCCCCACUUACAAAUAUCUCACCGAUUCUGAUGACUAUGUUGUCCAACUAUCUAACUCGAAAGAAAAACGGCGUACUCCUGCCUGGUGCGACAGGAUACUGUGGAAAGGCGAAGGACUAAAGCAGAUUUGGUACUCGAGGGGAGAGUCUAGGUUCUCAGAUCACAGACCAGUUUAUUCCCUCUUCUCAGUCCAUGUGAAUCCAGCAAACAAGCCCAUCUCCACCGCUAGAUCCUGCUCACCAAGAUUUUCAGCAAAAACUGCCUUGUCAUCAGCUUGUGCGGCCAAGGUCCAAGCUGAGGAACUGUUGCUAAUUCCCAGGGCACAAAGCUGCAUUAAUGCAACUUCCAGGUUUUGACACACCUCCAAGUUUCUGUCCCAAGAAUGGCCUACCAAUAGUGAAGUUACAGCUGUAAUCAUCUGACAGACUCAGGCCGAUGCGAAAACCGAUAAGCAUCCCCUGACACCUGGGUUGUACCCCCCGGCAUUUUUAACGGGUUGGAACGGCGUGCUGGGUUAGUGAUGAUGUUCAUGAUGGAUAGUUCUGCCUGCUACUUGAAGCAUUUCUUGGUGCAAGAAUCAGAAGAAAAAGAACAUAUAAUACACUUCUAAUUGCAUGUGGAUUUUGGUGUGCAUGCCUGAUUUUUGACAAACGAGCUUCGGGGGAUUCUGUGAAUAUGUUCAGAAUCAGAAGGCAGUGAAUGAUGGGGUUAGCAGCAAAGCAGGCCACUUCAGAAGCAAAAAGGAAACCUCAAAAAAGGAGGAUGGCUCAGUUCAGUCUCUGGGGCUUCCAUUGUCAUGCGUGUUUAUUAAUUCCUUGAAGCUAACCAUGUCCUUGUUUAACUGGAGGAAGCAUGAAUGCAUUUCAGCUUUUUGUAGAUAAAAAGUGUUUCAUUUGUUCUCAUUCUGAUGCUGGAAGAGAAUAUGUUGAGUUGAGAGAGAGCUUUGAUUAAAGUGAAAAAGUGUAAAUGAAAAGAGAAAAAAAAUUGGGUUUUGCAGAGAAAGUUCUGGCAGAAGAACUUUGAUUAAAGCAAAGGCAUUCUCAUCGGUGAAUUUAGUAUUUGUGCCUUUUGGUGAGGUUUUCA